AUGGGCUUAGGCGGCAUGGGGGAGGUGCCUAACAGCAGCAGCGAGGGCGCGCCGAUCGACGUGGAGCAAGGCGAGCCGUUGAACGCGGAAAAGAGAGUCACUAUUCCGCCAGAAGGAAACGAGUAUAAGCGAACGCAGUCCAUGUUUGAGGUGGCGGCGGCAGCGCCAGGAACUCGCUUCCAUCCCGUGUCGUUGGCUUUCAAGAACGUGACGUACACCGUGACGCUGGGGCGAGGCAAGGCGAAGACCAACAAGCUCAUUUUGGACAACCUCACGGGAUACGUCAAAGCCGGCUCCUUUCUCGCCAUCAUGGGCCCCUCAGGCCCUGGCAAGACGAGUCUGCGGAAUGUGCUAGCAGGCCAAGUGCUGGUGAAUGGACGUCCACGGAGCCCCAACGCGCGUAGCUGGGCAGGUGCUGGUGAAUGGACGCUCCGGGAAAACAAGUCUGCUGGUCGUGUUGGCAGGUCGGGCCACGCGCACGGGCGCGAAAACGUCUCUGGCAUGGCAGGCUCCGGCAAAACAAGUCUGCUGAACGUGCUUGCAGGCCGGGUGAUGAAAUCGGGAGCUAAAACCUCCCUGUCCGGGCAGGUGCUGGUGAACGGGCGCCCAAGAGACGAGAGUUUCAGGCGGAUUUCAGCGUACGUGAUGCAGGACGAUCUCAUGUUCUCCACGCUCACCGUCUGGGAGACGCUGCAGACGGCUGCCAUGCUGCGCCUGCCGUCCACCACGCCCAAGGCGCAGCGCCUGCAGCUGGCGGAGUCCAUCAUUGCGGAGCUGGGUUUGAGUAAAGCAAGGAAUACGCCCAUUGGGAAUGAGAUGAUAAGGGGAGUGAGCGGUGGCGAGCGCAAGCGCACCAACAUUGCUGUGGAGAUGCUGUCCAACCCCUCGCUCGUGUUCCUGGACGAGCCCACAUCUGGCCUGGACAGCUUCCAGGCGCUGAACGUGAUGAGUGCGCUCUCUGAUCUCUCCAAGAGCGGCCGCACCGUCAUCUCCACCAUCCACCAGCCGCGCUCCUCCAUCUUCGCCCUCGUGAUUUGGGUGUCAUCUGAUACGAUUUAUCUCGAAGUACACCCCUCCCCCCUUCUCAUCUCACCACCCUCUCCCCAACACCCCGCCCCACCCUGUUCUCUCACCCCCUCUGCUACCCCCCUUAUCCUUCCUCUGUUCCUCCUCUCCACCCCUUACCACCCUCUCUCCCCCCUUCCCCCUUUGCAGUUUGAGAACCUGCUGCUGCUGAGCGAAGGCCGCAUGGUUUUUUUCGGGCAGGCCGUCGACUCCAUCGAUUAUUUUUCCCGCCAUGGCUUCACCUGCCCGGAGCAUUUCAACCCGGCCGACUACUUUAUGGACAUGAUUUCCGUCGACCGCCGCGACGAGCAGCGGGAGACCGACAGCACUGCGCGCAUCGCGGAGCUCACCUCCAGCUACGAGCCUGCGCGGGAGGUUCGGCCGGACCUGCACCAGAAGAGCAUGGAGGAGCAGGCGGAGGCUACGGAGGGGAUGAAGUAUUCCAAGUAUGCGUCCAGCUGGGGGACGCAGCUGGCGGUGCUGACGAAGCGGUCGUGGCUGCAGGGGGUGAAGUAUUCCAAGUAUGCGUCCAGCUGGGGGCCGCAGCUGGCGGUGCUGACGAAGCGGUCGUGGCUGCAGGUGACGAGGGAUCGGCUCCCGAUCGCGAUCGCGUACGUGCAGGCCAUGGUGAUGAUGGUGAUGAUAUGCAUUCUCUACUCCAACACGAGCGCCGCCCCCCAGCAGAACAUGACAGGCUCGCUCUUCUUCAUCUCCCUCUUCCUCGCCUUCAACGGCAUCUUCCAGGUGAGGGGUCUUCCAGAUGAUCACCACUUUCCCAUUGGAAAAGGGAGCGGUGAACCGCGAGUGCGCGCGUCCAACACGUACCGCUUGACCGUGUACAAUCCCGCCAAGAUGAUUACCACAUUCCCCCUGGAGAAAGGAGUGGUGAACCGCGAGCGCGCGUCCAACACGUACCGAGUGACCGCGUACUACCCCGCGAAAGUCCUCUCGGAGUGGCCCAUCCGCAUCGGUCCGGUGAUCGUGUUUGGCAUCAUCGCCUACUGGCCCAUUCAGUACCAGCGCGUGGCAUCCAAGUUCUUCCUCUUCCUCGUCAUCUGCAUGCUGGAGUUUACAGCCAUGAACGGGCUUGGUAUCCUGAUCGGCUCAAUCGCGCCGACCCCUCAGCUGGCCCUGGCCAUGGGUCCGCUCUUCACAGUCGUGCUCAUGCUGUUUGGGGGCUUCUAUCUCGCAUUAGCCAUGGGUCCGCUCUUCACAGUCGUGCUGAUGCUCUUUGGGGGCUUCUACGUCAAUCUCGACUCCAUCCCCGUGUGGAUCCGCUGGGUGCGCUACCUCUCGCCCAUCCAGUGGGGCUUUGUGGGUCUGGCAGUCAACCAGUUUGAAGGUGAGUGGGUUGGGGAUGGGGUUCAAUCAGGUGGGCUGGGUAUUGGGAAUGGGUGGAGUGCGGUGGCUCUGGGCCACCUGUGGUGGGGCUUUGUCGGCCUGGCUGUCAACCAGUUCGAGGGGCUGACCUUUAGCUGCUCUCCCGGCUGCCCCGAUGGGGAUCAGAUCCUUAAGAACCUCUCCAUUGAUAACUACACGGUGCCCCAGGCUAUUGCGUACCAGUGCUGCCUGAUUGUGGGCAUGCACAUCAUUGCAUGCACUGCCCUCAUGCUGAACGGCCCGAAGAUGCAGCCUCUCAGUGCGCUGGGUUCCAAGGCCCAACCAGUCCUCUUGCCCAUGCAGGAGGAGACUCCUGAGGCUCUUGCUGCUGUGGUCAGCAGUGGGGAGGGUGGUGAGGAUAGGCCUCCCGCAGAGGAAGAAAGGGCGUUGAAAGUGGAGUAG